AAAAAUACAACAAUAACCAAAAUGUCUGACGCUGAAAUUACUUCAAACAAGAUUCGUGAACAAGUUGAAUUCUACUUUAGUGAUAGUAAUCUUCCAAAGGAUAAAUUUUUGAGAAGUCUCGUUGCUAACAAUCCUGAAGGAUAUGUUGAACUUAAGACUAUUGCUUCCUUUAAUAGAAUGAAACAAAUUUCUACUGAUAUGGAUCUUAUUGUUUCUGCUUUGAAGAAGAGUUCCAUGUUGGAAAUUGAUGCUGAAGGAAAGUUGGUUAGAAGAAUCACUGCUCUUCCAGAAGUUGAUACUAGCAAUGCUCGUACUUUAUAUGCUAAGGGAUUCCCACUCGAUGAAAGUGUUGCUAAUCUCGAUUCAAUCAAGGCUCUUUUUGAACCUUUUGGUAAAGUUGUCUGUGUUAGAGCCAGAAGAGAAAAGAAUGGUACAUUCAAGGGAUCUGCUUUCAUUGAAUUCGAUUCUGAAUCUACUGUUAAUGAAUUGGCUGGAAAGUCUGACUUCAAGUUUGGAGAAUCUGUUCUCCUCUUGGAAACCAAGCAACAACAUUUUGAUAGAAAGAGAAAGGAACGUGAAGAAAGUAAGCAAAAGAAGAAUCAAGAAAAGAAGCAAGAAGAUGUUUCUAAUAUGCAAACUGAAUUGAAGCAAAACUUUUUCUUGCACAUUCAAGGAAUUGAAGGUGACGAAAAGUUCGGAUUUGCUGAUUUCUCCAAGAAAUUGCCAUACAACAAGAAGAAUGGUUUGAAGUUUAUUGAUUUCCCACUCGAUGGUGAUAAGACCAAGGCUAUUCUUCGAUUGGAAUCAAAGGAAGUUUUCGAUUCUCUUAAACAACAAUUCGAUGAAGGAAAGAUUGAACUUCCAGGUAAAGCUGUUGCUUCGGAAAUGGCUCCAGAAGAUUUGGAAAAGUAUAUUGCUAAGACCUGUGAAGCUAAGUUUGCUGAAAGCAAUAAGAAUAAGAGAAAGGGCUUUGGUGGACGUGGUGGUAAGCCUCAUUGGAACAAGAAGAAGAAGACUAAGACUGAAUAAAUAUUCAGAGAACCAGCACUAAUUUAUUAUUCACCUCCUAGGAUAUUAGAGUCAGUUGCGAUAUUUUCUCAAGAUCAAGACGAUGAUGACCCAAGCACGAUAAUUCAACCAUAAUUUAAUAAUAUAUAAAUAUUUAAUAAUUAUUAUUU